AUGGAUCCCCAAAUCACACCAAACAUCUUCUGCACCUACACAGGCACCCAGUCAGAGCCUGACGCCACCAUAUUCUUCAUAUCUGGGAACCCGGGCUUGAUCGGAUACUAUCACCCAUUCCUAUCCUUGUUAGCCCGGAAUCUGGUCGACAGAUCUCAAGCUCAGACUGGGAUCGAGACGGAAACUACCACAAAGAAGACAUCUUUCCAAAUAUACGGAUGCAGUCUCGGUGGAUUUGAACAACAAGCUGAGAAUUCUAUGCAUAGAAAUGCUAAAACCACCAAAGAUGAGGGGCACCCUGCCGACGACCACUUAUACGACCUGGAAGGCCAGAUUCGGUUCGUGCACCGGAAGCUUGUGGAUUUGAUGGAUGGGAACAAAACUUCCUCUUCUAAUAGUGUCUCUGAUAUAUCGAAAUCUAAUUCUGAUGCUGGAUCCUCCAACUUAUCUCGCCGAGGAAAGGUCAUUCUCAUUGGACACUCUGUCGGCGCAUAUAUUGCCAUGGAGAUCUUGAGAAGACAUCGUGAGGGCAAACCAGAUAUACAGGACCUUCUUUCCGUUGAAACCAGACCGGGCUCAGGCUCUGUUCUUUCCGACUCUCCAAGCUCAUUCGACAUCAUCGGAGGAGUGAUGCUUUUCCCGACAGUAAAGGACAUUGCUCACUCGCCAUCUGGCCAGAAACUUACGAAUUUACUAUCAUUUAUUCCGCAGCUUGCGUUUGUUGUGGCCUUCUUCGCCCGUAUACUCACCUCGCUACUCCCAUCCUCGGCUCUGAAAUUGGUUGUCCGUACCGUAAUGAAGAACCCACCUGCUCAUGCCCUCGAUACGACUGUUGCAUUCUUGAAGAGUUCUGGUGGUGUACGACAAGCACUACACAUGGCAGCGGAUGAAAUGCGCACGAUCACAUCUGAUAAAUGGACAGAUGAUGUUUGGGGCGUUGGCAGCGAAGCUAAAGCCGUUGCACGCCUAUUCUUCUAUUUUGGAAGGAACGAUCAUUGGGUUGCGGAGAAGACCCGGGAUGAAGUAAUUGCAUUGAGGGGGCAGGAGAACGGGCUAGGCCCAAAGAUGUUUGUCUGCGAGGAGGGGUUGCCGCACGCGUUUUGUUUAAAUCAUAGCGAAAUCAUGGCGCAGAAGGUUGGGAGUAUGGUAUGGGAUGUCAUGCAAAGUUGA